GGCUCUUCUUCGAUGAGUGAGGGACAUAAAUAAGGUUCUUGAACCAUAACUUCUUGAAGUGGACUUCUGCAUAUAAGGACUCCCUAGGUAUUAAUUGAUGCAUCUCUAUCUUCAUAUCUCCUUAUUCCCUUUGAUCUUCUCCCCUAAAUUACAAGCCUUCGUCACACGGGGCUUUGAACACAUCCGGCAGUCCUUGUGAGUGGAAGUCCAGCUGCUGUUUGCUGUCUCGAUCUGCUUUCAUUGCCACCAGAAGCUUGACCUCGAAACAUACAAGCUUGAUGGAGGGAGGAACUUCGGAUUCCACGUAUCUACUGCCUCAAAUUCAAAUGUUUUUACACACAGUUCUGAGCGAUAUCGAGCGUGGUGGUCAAGCAUCAGUAAGCAUACCGGUGUUCAAGCCUCGAGAAUAUCCACUUGAGACAAAUAAGAAAUGCUUGACAAUAUUUGAGGAAACGAAUACAUUUGAGGAGAUUUCAUGCAGCUCGGAAGGAGGUUCUCAGAGACUUGUUGCAAUGUUGAAAGUGUUGCAAAUCGUUGAAGUCUUACUGCAACAGAAUAGGCACGCCACGAAGAGAGAUGUAUACUAUAACGAUACUGCUCUUCUGAAAGGUCGACUGGAUCAAUCCAUCAAUGAUAUUUGCUGUUUCUUUCACUGCAGCCGUCCAUCACUGAACCUGGUUUCUUCCAGCAAAGGCUUGGUGACGGGCCAGUUGAGCUACUAUGAGGAAGGUAGACUAAUCAACUGCUCAAAACGAAGCAGCACCAGUAACGGCCUUCCAGUUCCUGUGCACAUAAAUAAAGUGAGUCACUUAAGCAGUAGUGCGGAGUACAUCCUUUUAGUGGAGAAAGAAACAGUUUUCCAACGACUAGCAAACGACAAAUUCUGUGCCAAGAAUUGCUGCAUCCUUUUAACAGGGAAAGGCUAUCCAGAUGUGGCCACAAGAAGUUUUCUGCGACGACUAGUCGACCAACUCCAUUUGCCUGUGUAUGGUCUCAUGGAUGGAGACCCCUACGGUUUGGAUAUCCUUUCGAUCUAUCGAUUUGGUUCCCUGACCAUGGCAUAUGAUGCCAAAGUCCUAGCAGUGCCAAGCAUUCUGUGGUUGGGAAUAUUUCUCUCAGAUCUUGGCCAUUUCGGCCUUACUGAAAACUGCCUUCUUCCGAUGUCAAAGCGAGAUGAGAAAAAAGCUGACGCAAUCCUUAAUAAAAGCUACAUCCAGCAACUUGCUCCUGCUUGGUGGUCAAAGCUUGCGGAAUUUCGGACUCGGAGAGUGAAGUUGGAGGUAGAGGCUAUAUCUACUGUUUCAUUUACCUCACUUGCAGAUCAUUACAUUCCUUCUAAGAUACGUGGACAGUGUUACAUCUAAGCUAGAACAUUGUGGAUGCAUAAAUAUUGGUGCCUCUGUACCCACAUUCCUACAAAACAAUUUUGGAGAACGUUUGCGUCGGUAUGGAACAGAUGAUCACACUCGUAGAUGCACACGCCUCAAUCAAGAUCCCUUCAUUCAUCUCUUUCUCUGUAUCACUCAAGCAAAAGAACCAGGAUGCACGCACCAGAGAACAAUUCGCUUUAUAGAAACUUGUGAAUUUUUCUGAUCCUCUUCACUUUCAAUCUUCUUCAUGCACCACUG